GACUGCGGACACAGUACAGGAGAUGACCAGAGACUGCGGACACAGUACAGGAGAUGACCAGAGACUGCGACACAGUACAGGGAUGACCAGAGACUGCGGACACAGUACAGGAGAUGACCAGAGACUGCGACAGUACAGGAGAUGACCAGAGACUGCGGACAUAGUAGAGGAGAUGACCAGAGACUGCGGACAUACUACAGGAGAUGACCAGAGACUGGGACACAGUACAGGAGAUGGACCAGAGACUGCGGACACAGUACAGGAGAUGACCAGAGACUGCGGACACAGUACAGGAGAUGACCAGAGACUGCGGACACAGUACAGGGAAUGACCAGAG